AUGGGGGGCAAAUCCGGUACUAAAGCUGUCUACUUCGACAAGCUCAAGGGCUUGCUCGAGGACCAGCCAGCUAACAAGAUUCAACAGGUCAGCGUCGACAAUGUCUCGUCGCAACAGAUGCACGAGAUCCGACAAAACCUGCGCGGUGAAGCCGUGGUCUUGAUGGGGAAGAACACCAUGGUCCGACGAGCUCUCAAGGGUUUUAUCACCGACAGCCCCGAGUACGAACGUUUGCUGCCUCACGUCAAGGGAAAUGUUGGAUUCAUCUUCACUAACGGUGACCUGAAGACCAUCCGUGACAAGAUUCUCUCAAACCGUGUCGCAGCUCCUGCUCGUGCUGGUGCCGUUGCUCCUGGAGAUGUCUAUGUCCCAGCUGGAAACACUGGCAUGGAACCCGGCAAGACCUCUUUCUUCCAGGCCCUCGGUGUCCCCACCAAGAUUGCUCGUGGUACCAUUGAAAUCACCACCGAUCUCAAGCUCGUCGAGGCUGGCGCCAAAGUCGGUGCCUCUGAAGCCACUCUUCUCAACAUGUUGAACAUUUCUCCCUUCACCUACGGUAUGAAGGUUCAGCAAGUGUACGAGGAGGGACAAACUUUCUCACCUGAUGUGUUGGAUAUUGAGGAGAGCCAACUGCUCAAGUCUCUUACAUCAGCCAUCGCUACUAUUACCACCAUCUCCCUCGCUGCCAACUACCCGACGCUUCCAUCCGUCAUCCACAGCUUGAUCAAUGGCUACAAGAAAGUUAUCGCUGUUGCCAUCGAGACUGAUUAUGAGUGGGACGCAAUCCAUGAGCUCAAGGAUCGCAUUGCCAAUCCUGACGCAUAUGCUGCCGCUGCGCCGGUGGCGGCUGCUGCGACUGAGGAGGCAGCACCUGCCGCGGCCAAGGAAGAAGAAAAGGAAGAGGAGAAGGAAGAGUCUGACGAUGAGGGUGCGCAACAUUCCUUACACAAAGAUCCAACAGUCCAAGCUAACACGAACCAGGCUUCGGUGGUUUAUUCGAUUAAACCCCUCGAAUAUUGGCGGGGUUCAGCACGUGCAUAUGCAAAUGAAAAGCUUCAGGCGGCCACAGCGAGAGCAAUAGACAUGCAAGAUAGGUGCAAUAGCAUGAUUGCAACACAAUGUCGCGCAAGUCGGGCGUUUCUUUUUGGAACUAAUCGGUUGGACGACCAGGGCUUCUCUGCCUCCAAAGGUUCAUCUUCGGGUAAGCUAUGA